AUGGAUUACCCAGUCCGGAUGAACGACAUGACUGUGGGCAGGAACGACCGCUUGCUUUGCUUGACUAUGUGUUCGGCGAGGGGGGUUCAGAACGCCAAGGAUCUCGGGGAGGUACAGCGAACCUUUAUGAUCUUGAAAUGGACAAAAACGAUUGGGGCCAUGGGCUUGGAUUUCAAUCAUGUGGACCCGACCAACGGCCAUCUCGCAGCAAAGCUUCACGACACGUCCGUGCGGUUCUCAAAGGGACAAGCCGCCCUGGAGACGCUCGGCAAGGAUCUGGAAAAAAGCAUCGGCAUCAUCACUGGCUUAGGAGACAAAAAGAGGUCAGAGAUCCAACACAUCAAGGACCCCACCAUCUUCAAGCAACAGCUGCAGAAGAUCGACAACUGGACGACCCAAAAGAUGAACGAGAAGCGGGACUUCUUCUCGAAGGAGAGGAACCGUGUGCAUGAGCUGCAGGUGGCUUUUGCUUCAUCUCUCAUGGAACUCUUGGACGCAGUUGAAGCUCAGCACUACAAUCGGUUACCAACGGAGCCGGAGGUUGACAUCACCAGCGACCUUGAAGCACAGCUUCAGGCCUUGUUGCUCGAGUCGCAUGGACCCGACAGUGCUGCCGGAGGCAGCCCACCUCGCAAGGUGCUGCUGGCCGUCAAAGACGAGGCAGUCGAGACCACAGCGACAGCAGAUCCUGGUCCCGAUGGUCCCGAUGCAAUGGUGGAGGCGAAAGAGCAGAAGCGACUGCUACACAAUGCAAGAGUCACCUUCGAUCGUCGGAUCAAGGGUGGUGACUGUCCGCCCGAGAUCAUGGAGAGGGAAUUCGCACAGUGGCAAUCGAAUGGCACAGAUCGCCUCAAGCAGCUGGGCCAGCUCUUCAACGAGUGGUACAAGAGUGGCCAAGACUUCAUGGGCACAACAAUCAUGCAGGAGGCGAACCAACGAAUCUCAGACGAAUCCAGAGGAAAACAAAUCAUGAUGAGCUUCAAGGCGAUGAAGGAGAAGUACGGUAAGAAGACCGCGGAGAAAAUCCGCGACAGGAAGAAAGAGGAAGAGAAACAUCGCAAUCCUAACCUGGAACCUCGAGCUUUCUGGUUCGCCCAUCCCGAAGCCAUUGAUGACCCAGCCACUCGGUGA